AUAAUGUUUUAUGAACAUCUGCGACAGGAGAGGGGUGGAAAAGAGUGUGGACAAGGUUGGUGAGAGGCUGAGAGCCAAGCAAUGGAUUUGCUUUAGUGGCUUUUGUUCCUCGGCGUUGAAGCCUGCUUUAGGAAACGGAAAAGGAGGAGAGAUAAAAGAAGAGCAGAAGAAGAUUCCUUUGAGCAGAGGAGAGAGAGAGGGAAAUAGGGGAGAUUGGAGAGGGCGGAGGAGAGGGGGAAGUGUUAUCUUUGCUGUCACUGCUUUUGCCGGCUUUUAGCAGGGGACUCUGUAUCUUCCUGCGCUUGUGCAAGUGGGCGGUCUCUUGCUUUGAUUUCUGAUCUUGGUUUCGUUGUUUUGUUGCUUCUGGCCGUGAAAAAUUGAAACUUGGGGAAUUCCCCUCUUGUUUUGCGGUCAUUUUUUUUGGUUUUUGAAGAGUGAUUUUGGUUCCAGUGUUUUUGCUGUGUCGGUUACUUGUUUUAGUGUGGUUCGGUUAUUGGGAGUUGCAGUUAUUAGGGUCUUGUUUGAGUGGAGAGGGUGUGGGCUUACCAUACUUACGGUGGAAGAGUAGGAAGAGUGGAAGAUAAUGGCCGGAGGCGGAGGAGGAGGCGGGGGAGGAGGAGCUGCGCCGGCGCCGAAGGCCGACGAGUUGGUGCCUCACCCCGUAAAGGAUCAGUUGCCGAAUGUCUCGUAUUGCAUCACCAGCCCACCUCCAUGGCCGGAGGCCAUUCUGCUUGGUUUCCAACAUUAUCUGGUUAUGCUGGGCACUACUGUGAUUAUUCCCACUGCACUUGUUCCUCAGAUGGGAGGGGGUAAUGAUGAGAAGGCCAGGGUAGUUCAGACUUUGCUCUUUGUGGCUGGUAUAAACACUCUCUUACAGUCUUUCUUUGGCACUCGCUUGCCGGCGGUGAUUGGAGGGUCUUACACGUUCGUUGCACCGACUAUCUCCAUCAUUCUGGCUGGUCGAUAUAGUGACAUUGUUGAACCUCAUAGGAAAUUUCUCAGGAUCAUGAGAGGAACUCAAGGUGCCCUCAUUGUUGCAUCUACACUUCAAAUUAUCAUUGGGUUUAGCGGCCUUUGGCGCAAUGUAACCAGAUUUCUCAGUCCACUGUCCGCAGUUCCGCUGGUUGCGCUUGCUGGAUUUGGGCUUUACGAAUUGGGAUUCCCUGCGGUUGGUAAAUGUGUUGAAAUUGGGCUUCCAACAAUUAUAAUUUUGAUUGUAAUCUCACAGUACAUACCUCAUGCUAUACAUGCAGAAAAGCCUGUAUUUGAUCGGUUCGCAGUUAUCUUUUCUGUGGCAAUUGUAUGGCUGUAUGCGUAUUUUCUCACCAUUGGUGGGGCAUAUAAGCAUGCUCCACCUAAAACACAAUCGCAUUGCCGAACUGAUCGUUCUGGACUUGUUAGCUCGGCUCCCUGGAUAAGAGUUCCAUACCCAUUUCAAUGGGGAGCACCAUCAUUUGAUGCUGGGGAAGCCUUUGCAAUGAUGGCUGCUGCAUUUGUUGGUCUAGUAGAGUCAACUGGCACUUUCAUUGCAGUGUCUAGAUAUGCUAGCGCUACUCCAAUGCCCCCUUCUGUUCUUAGUCGUGGAAUUGGCUGGCAGGGAAUUGGUAUCUUGCUUGAUGGUUUGUUUGGAACAGCUAGUGGCUCCACUGUAUCCGUUGAAAAUGCUGGUUUGUUGGCUUUGACACGCGUUGGAAGUCGAAGAGUUGUUCAGAUAUCUGCAGGGUUUAUGAUUUUCUUUUCCAUUCUUGGCAAAUUUGGAGCUGUUUUUGCAUCCAUUCCUGCACCCAUAUUUGCAGCUUUAUACUGCCUUUUCUUUGCUUAUGUUGGUUCUUGUGGUCUCAGCUUCUUACAAUUCUGCAAUCUAAACUCCUUCAGAACAAAGUUUAUUUUAGGAUUUUCUGUCUUUAUGGGCUUAUCAGUUCCUCAAUACUUCAAAGAAUACACUGCAGUUGCUGGCUAUGGUCCAGCUCAUACCAGUGCAAGAUGGUUCAAUGAUAUCAUUAAUGUCAUAUUCUCAUCGGAACCAUUUAUUGCGGGCCUUGUGGCAUUCUUCUUAGACAACACUCUUCAUAGACACAACAGUGCGGUUAGGAAGGACAGAGGUUAUCAUUGGUGGGACAAAUUUCGAUCCUUCAAGACAGAUGUGAGAAGCGAAGAAUUCUACUCCUUGCCAUUUAAUCUAAACAAGUUCUUUCCAUCUGUGUAAGCACAAAGCUUGUGUUAUUUUCUGUUCUUUGGGCCAUGUCUUUUAGUUGUUUGUCUUCUCAUUUUGCAGUCUGAGAAAGACUUAGUGAUAUAUUCAUCUUAAAUGAGUUAGUGUGUUACAGUUUUCCCUUAAUAUAUGCUUUAUUUGUAUAUUUCAUGUGAUAUACAGAAACUGCUAUGUUAUGUCAGUCAUUUUGGAUCAAUGCUUAUCACAGUUCAUUUGUUGUUCUU